AUGGAUCCAGCUCAGAGCGGGACUCAGCAGCAGGGGCAGGGGCAGCAGCAGGGGCAUCAGCAGCAGCAGGAGUUCCACGCUCUGGCGCUGGACACGGCUCUGAGCACCCUGGCCGCGCUGCUCGUCUAUGUGGCGGUUAAAGUGAGCGUGGACGGGGUGAGGACGUGGAGGGCGCGGGUGUCGGUGCUGGUGGUGGGCUCCGGUCCCGUGGGGCUGACGGCGGCUCUGGUGGCGGUGCGCUCCGGGAAGGUGCAGCGGCUGACCGUGAUGGAUGAGAGGGUCCGGAGUGCGCUGCUGUGCCGGCCGCAGCAGAUCGCCUUGGACCCCCGCAGUGUGAAGUUCCUGCUCCGGCUGGGGGUGGACUUCGACAACAUGGAGGGCUGCUGGCGCGGUGAGCACUUCUUCACCCGCAUCGGUGUGUUCCAGGAAUAUCUACUGAGCAUCCUGGAGCAGAGGAAGCACAGCGUGGACGUCAAGGUGCAGCUGGGGACCAAGUUCUGUGAGGAGUACCUGCGGCGCCUGCCCUCCGCAGACUGGCCGGGGGUGCUGGUGGUGGCUGACGGCUCCUGUGGAGAGUCCUGCUCCGUGUUGGGGCUGAGCUCGGACUACAGCGUGGAGUCGUGUCAGGCCUACGGAGCCAACGCCACCAUCGAGAGGCUGGACCAGAGGCAGGUGCCCACUCCGGAGAUCCGCGCCCACAACCUGUUCUUCGACCUGUCAGCGUACGGCGUGGAGGCCCUCCGCGAGCACAAGAACCCCACGGCCAAACCUGGCUUCCACCUCAAGAUCUAUGGCACCCUGAGGAACCGCUACAUGGCCCUGGUGUGUCCCGCCAGCGACGCCAAGAUGGUGCGCUUUCUCCGCCACACGGCCAACGCCUCGAUCAUGAAGAGCAUUUUCCAGCAGGCGUUUAACGUGUACAAGACGGACAUGGAGCCGCGCCUGAGUGAUGUCACACUGCCCCAGCUCCAGUGCAGCCGGCGUCUGGUGGAGGUGCAGCUGUCCCAACGAAGGGUCAGUGCGGCCUACAUCCACGGAGACAACGUGGCGGUGAUCGUGGAGGGAGAGGCGGCUCGCGUGCUCAACUUCCACACAGGCUCUGGGGUGAACCUGGGCAUGCGUGGGCUGGAGUCUUUGGGAAGCUUCAUCUACCGCAUGGCGACAGCUGUGGACCAGAGCGACAUCAUGGACGCGCUCAAGGCCAAGAUGCUCCACUCCAGACGGGUGUCCCAGGAGUUUAAACAGAGCGGGCUGACGGAGGCUGUGUACGCGUGGCUGCGCUGA